AUGGGUUACAGAUCAAGAACAAAUUCACUGGUUGCAGAUGUUACAGGUGUAGAAACAGAGAAAGAAGAAAUGAAUGAACUAAAAGACAAAACAAGGAUUGCUUUGGAAAGUCAAGAACGUAGGAUUAGGGAUGUUUUCGUUCACAUCCGAGUAAUGAAGAAAGUGUCAGAUAUUCUAGAGACAAAUAGGUAUGUUGUUAUCAAAGGUAACCCGGGAGCUGGAAAAACCACCAUAGCCAUGCGCGUCCUAACAGAGCCAGUUCUAGCACGUUAUCCACAUUUACUUGAUAUGCAAACUGAUCAGGACAGAAGUUCUCAACAGGAUAUGCAAAAUGAUCCAGAUGGGAACACUCUACAUUUUGUUGCCUUUGUUGGUGACGAACCAAUCUUUAAAAAUAUGAUUGAAAGUGGCUGUGAUCCUUACAGCAGGUCUAACCAUGAGAAGGAUGUAGAGAAAACAUUCACUGAUGGUCAGAGUACGCCAUUACACGAAGCUUGUACAGCAGGAAAACUAAAUAUGUGUAAGUUCUUAGUUAGUGCUUAUCCUCAUUUUCUAGUUGUCAAAGACAAAAUGGAGAAAAUGUCUUACAUGCUGCUGCCUGGGGAGGACACUGGUGGAAAUACUGUCUUACAUGCCGCAGCCUGGGGUGGAAAUAUUGAUUUAUUCAAGUUCCUGUUGGAAAAGACCUUUGAUAACAAAGCUACCACAAAUGAUGGGAAUACUGUACUUCACAUAUGCUGUAUGAACGGUAAACUAAAUAUGUGUAAGUACUUAGUAAACACUUGUCCACCUUUUCUACAAGCCAAAAAUGAAUAUGGGGAAAAUAUCUUACAUGCUGCAGCAUUUGGUGGAAAUAUUGAUUUGUUCGAAUUUCUAUUGGGAAAAGGGUUUGACAUUAAAGUCAACCUACAUGACGGUAAAAAUGUGAUUAUUUUAUGUUGUAUGACCGGAAAACUUGAAAUCUGUAAGUACUUUGUCAGCACUUAUCCUCAUUUACUUCAUGAUACGGACGCUGAUGGAAUCAAUGCCUUACAUGCAGCAGCAUGGGGUGGAAACAUUGAUUUAUUCAAGUUCCUGUUGGGAAAGGGCUUUGACAUCAAUGUCUCCGAAAAUGAAGGGAAAACUGUGCUUCACUUUUGCUGUUUAAACGGACAACUCGAUAUGUUUAUGUACUUGGUCAAAACUUAUCCUCAAUUACUAGAUGUCAAAGACAAUGAAGGAGAGAAUGCCUUACAUGCUGCAGCUCUAGGCGGUAACCUUGCUAUACUGAAAUUCCUAUUGGGAAAAGGAUUUGAUAUCAAAACCAGAGGAGGCGAUGGGAAAACUGUUCUUCACCGUUGUUGUAUGAAUGGAAAACUAGAUAUGUGUAGGUUUCUGAUUGAAAAUUAUCCUCAUCUUUUAUACAUCAAGGAUAGUAUAGGAGUGAACAUUUUACAUGCGGCAGCUUGGGGUGGAAACGUUGAUUUGCUUAAAUUUCUUUUGGGAAAAGGCUUGGACAUCAGGGUAUCCUCAGAUGAGGGGAAAGCUGUUCUUCACUUUUGUUGUAUUAAUGGAAAACUAGAUAUGUGUAAAUAUCUUGUUGAAAAUUAUUCUUUUCUAUUAUACAUCAAGGAUGUAAUUGGAUAA